CCUGUGAGUGAGUCUCGGGCUGCUCUUUUUGAAUGGGAUGAUCCCUGUGCGUGUCUGACGUCCUGGGAGAGUUCCAGGAGCCGCGGAUGAAUUCCGCACGAAGGCGCUGAGGCUCCAGUCAGACUGACGCCGCGGCGCUCGCUCCAUCCAAACACACUCGCUGUACACCUCCAGUCGGCCAGAGAUUCGGCGUUCCGCUCUUUCGCGGAAUUUCUCCACUACGCAGAUUGUUAUUCAACUCGUCGCAUUAAGAUUAAACAGCUGACCGCCCGACGAAAAAAAUCACUGUCAGGGGGUUUAUUCUAUACCCGCCUGUAUCUUGGCAGGGGGUUUAUUCUAUACCCGCCUGUAUCUUGGCUGUAAAGAAAUAAACUGAAGCUCCUGGGUUGGAGUGAUUUAAAACAGAUUUGCCCCAAGCUUUGAGAAAAAUCCAUCGCAUGAUGCACUCCACUACAUCCAUCACGUCCCUCUUCUCCUUCACCAGUCCAGCAGUGAAAAGGCUGCUGGGCUGGAAACAAGGAGACGAGGAGGAAAAGUGGGCAGAAAAGGCUGUGGAUUCCCUCGUAAAGAAGCUCAAGAAGAAAAAAGGGGCCAUGGAAGAGCUGGAAAAGGCUCUGAGCUGUCCUGGCCAGCCCAGUAAAUGCGUUACCAUUCCUCGGUCCCUGGACGGAAGGCUCCAGGUGUCCCAUCGUAAAGGUCUGCCACAUGUUAUCUACUGCAGAGUGUGGCGCUGGCCGGAUCUUCAGUCCCACCACGAGCUCAAAGCGCUGGACUGCUGCGAGUUUCCUUUCGGCUCCAAGCAAAAGGAUAUCUGCAUCAAUCCAUAUCAUUACCGCCGUGUGGAGACGCCAGUUCUGCCCCCAGUUCUUGUGCCACGUCACAGUGAGUUCAAUCCCCAGCACAGCUUAUUGGCAAAGUUCCGAAAUGCUUCCCUACACAACGAGACGCCAGUUCUGCCCCCAGUUCUUGUGCCACGUCACAGUGAGUUCAAUCCCCAGCACAGCUUAUUGGCAAAGUUCCGAAAUGCUUCCCUACACAAUGAGCCUCUCAUGCCCCAGAAUGCCACUUACCCAGACUCCUUCCCAGCGAUGCCCUGUAGCUCAUUCUCUUCAUCCCCCUCCAGCUCUUUAAACCAGUCCCCGACUGUGCACAGCUACCCCAACUCCCCCAGCAGUGGGACCGACCCUGGGAGCCCCUACCAAAUUACAGCAGAGACGCCUCCACCACCCUACAGUAUGAUGGAGACCUCUCCAUCUGAGGGUGUGAAACCAGGGGAGUCCUCCAAUGCCAAUAAACUCAUUCUGUCAGCCCCACACAGAGACUUGAGGCCGGUGUGUUAUGAGGAACCAGAAUACUGGUGUUCAGUUGCGUAUUAUGAACUAAACAACAGGGUGGGCGAGACAUUCCAUGCCUCUUCCAGAAGCAUCCUCGUGGACGGCUUCACAGACCCCUCCAACAACAAGAACCGCUUCUGCCUCGGAUUACUAUCCAACGUCAACCGAAACUCCACCAUUGAACACACUCGCAGACACAUAGGCAAAGGUGUGCACUUGUAUUACAUCGGAGGAGAGGUGUACGCAGAGUGUCUGAGUGACAGCAGUAUUUUCGUACAGAGUCGGAACUGUAACCACCAGCACGGUUUCCAUCCCACCACCGUCUGCAAGAUCCCGAGUGGAUGCAGCCUGAAGAUCUUCAACAACCAGCUGUUUGCCCAGCUGCUGUCACAGUCAGUCAAUCACGGCUUCGAGGUGGUGUAUGAACUUACCAAGAUGUGCACCAUCAGGAUGAGCUUUGUCAAGGGCUGGGGAGCCGAGUACCACCGUCAGGAUGUCACCAGCACCCCCUGCUGGAUAGAAAUCCACCUGAAUGGGCCCCUGCAGUGGCUAGACAAAGUUCUGACCCAGAUGGGCUCCCCACACAAUCCUAUUUCCUCUGUGUCCUAAUGCAUUACAGAACAAGGGGAAUAUAGUUCUCUAAUAGACUUUUAUAGCACCCCAUAAUGCUCUUUCUCUUGUGAAAAUAUGUCUUUUCAGUGGAUGUUUAUUGUACUACAUAUAUGUACAAUAUCAUGCUGUUAAGUAAGCAGUAGAUCAGUGUUGCAAUGAUUUUAAUAAAGAAAAAACACUACUACUUCACAGUAUGUAGUAGCUGAGAUCAAUUCAGACAGAAACUCUCCAAUAGGAAGCCAAAGAAAUGUGUUAGGCAGGUACUUGUUCUGGAAAUGGUUUAUUUGUGUCAUAUUUUGGCUAAUAUGUGUCUUCUAUAACAUUUCAUGUUGUUUUGCAUUUGCGUUAGCUUUCUUGUUCUUGUAAUACAAAAAACUCCCUUCUAUUUCUGCCUGUUUAUUUUCUGACCUGAAAAAUCCUUAAGUAUUAAUGCUUUUAAAGCUGAAAACUGCACAAGAUCAAUAAAACUUCAUUGGAACGCCCUCAGCAACUUACUGAGUUUACACCAUGUUUAAAAUAAUAAUAAAGCUGAUGAACAAUUCUGUUUGUGUGAUGUUACUUUCAGCUACACGGUCAAGAUGUGGCAAAAAAGGUGAAACUAAACUGUAGCUUUCACUGGUGACAUUAUUACAGAUAGGAUUGAUCACUAAA